GAAAUAGUGUGGCUUUAAAAAGUUGAGCUGCAUUAGGAACAUGAGCUCCAAGAACAGUUUUUAGUGUGUUAGGAAUACAAAGACUAGUUUGUAGACUAAUUAGUCGUUAUGACAUUUUGAAUCCAAACUGAAAGAUCGGUAUUACUUUCAUCCACUUUGAGUUUGUAGAUGUUUGGUAAGAGGAGAGUAUCAUUCCACAGGGAUCUCAUGCAAUUUACCCUCAAUGAAAGUAGGAGAUUAGGCACAACAAAAAGUGUUGAAAUCAACAACAAAUUUCACAAUCCAUUUAUCAUCGGAGGACCUAAGAGAUUUUACUCUUCUGAAACUGUUCCUUACACGAAACGAACCCGUUUUAUUUCUCUACCAACAACUUUUGAGAGGAAUGAAACGCAGGGCUUUGAAGAAUACAAACAAAGGUUUGAAGGACGUACAAUGCCUCAAACCUAUCAAGAAAGUGUAAGGCAUACAAAGAUUCUCAAUAAUAUAAUUGAUGCAUUGCAAAGAGAAAGAAAGAAAAUGAGCCCUGAAUCUAAUAUGUCACAUUUGGAUGGAUUAAAUUGGGAGGUUGUGGUAGUUUUUUUACCUUAUAUAUCUGGCACAUGUUUUGCUAAUGGGAAGAUAGGUCUAAGCUGGGAUUUGGUUAAGCCUUUUCCAAGUGAUGCAGAGAAAGCAACCUUAAUUGCACGUGAGGUUGCGCAUGUUGUUGCUCGACACUUUGCUGAAAAGAUAACAAAGAGCUUCUGGUUUUAUGCUAUACAUAGGAUGCUUGAGAUAUUUGUCACCAUUGAUUUUGAAAAAAGAUUGUCACCACUUAUCGAUCGACUACCUUUCAAUCGUCGCUGAUUACAUCGGGCUUCAACUAAUGGCAGCAGCUGGCUAUGAUCCUCGGGUGGCACCUAAAGUCUACGAGGAGCUGGGAAAGUUAAGCAGACAUAACAAUGAUUUUAUGUUUACAGGUUUUCUUAGUACCCAUCCAUCAGGAAGACAAAGAGCCAAAGCAUUGGCUCAACCUAAGAUAAUGGAAGAAGCUCUUAUUCUAUAUAAUGAUGCAAGAGCAAGGAGUGAGGUUAACUGAUUUCAUUCUUUAGGAAUGCACGUUCACCAGUUUUGGUAUGGUUGUAUUAUGAUCUUUAUGGGACUUGAUUGUUAGACUUGUGUUUUAAAAUAAGCGACGCUUUAUGUUAGAAAAUCCGAGAAAUAUCUGAUAAUAUGUAGUUGUGGUAUGACCUUUUAUGUGGUCUGAUGACAUGGUCUGAUGUCAGUGAUAUAUAAGAAAUGCUAAGGUAUACUUUAAAAUAACUAUUGCUUCAA